AUGGACUCAUUAGUGUCGCAGUACAGCCGACCGGCUUACACGGAGGAGGGUCCCUCCGAAGAGGAGCAGCUGCAGCUCUACAGCGGCGCCCCAGAGCUGUCUCUCAAGUUUGCCCUUCCACCCGUCGCUCAGUCAGCAUCAUGGCUCCGCGCAAUGACGGACGACUACUCCAACCCCAACUGCCCCAUCAAGAUCGCCCACGGUACUACAACCCUUGCUUUCCGCUUCAAGGGCGGCAUCAUUGUAGCCACCGACUCGCGUGCCACGGCUGGAAACUGGAUAGCAAGUCAAACGGUCAAGAAGGUCAUUGAGAUCAACAGCUGCUUGUUGGGAACCAUGGCUGGUGGCGCUGCUGACUGCCAAUACUGGCUCGCAUAUCUUGGAAUGCAAUGCCGUCUCCAUGAACUGCGACACAAGCGCCGCAUCUCUGUCGCUGCGGCGUCUAAGAUCCUGGCUAACUUGGUCUACUCAUACAAGGGCAUGGGUCUGAGUAUGGGAACCAUGUGCGCUGGUGUGACCCCACAGGAAGGCCCCGCCCUCUACUACAUCGACAGUGACGGCACACGUCUAGCCGGCAACCUCUUCUGUGUCGGUUCCGGUCAGACAUUCGCAUACGGUGUGCUCGACGCACAAUACAAGUACGAUCUUGAGGAUGAUGAGGCGCUUGAGCUGGGCCGAAGGAGUAUUCUGGCUGCUACCCACCGAGACGCAUACUCUGGAGGUUUCAUCAACUUGUACCACGUCAAGGAAGACGGAUGGGUCAAGCAUGGGUUCAAUGACACGAACCCUAUCUUCUGGGAGACCAAGCUCAAGAAGGGCGAGUUCUCCAACGUUACGAGUGCGUUGGACUAG